GUCAAUACGGUCUAAGACGUAGAUCACAAAGUAGCACAUUGCAUAACUUUAAAUGUUUUUUCCUCUAAAGACUUUGAUGUGGUGCGUAAAGUGGUUUCAAAUUAUGGAUUGAGCAAGCCUUGACCUUUUUCUACACCAUUUCUAUCCAAAUGAUUCCAGGAACGGCCGUGGAGGUCGCCACAACUGAAUAUAACCGCUAUUACGUCACUAAGACCGUUUAGACAAAAAUGCGAAAAAAAAAUCUCUCAACACUAUAGGCAUUUAUUAAAAACAAUUUCUGAUUAGACUCCAUAUUUAUAUACACAAAUAUGAGAAGAUCAUAUAAUAAUUCAAAACCCAGUCAUAUACUCUCGUACUAAGACCCCUCGUGUACCAAACAAUAUUCACGUACUCGCAUAAGCGGAUAAAAAAACUAGACGCUCUUUGAUUGUUUAUUUGUCGUUAAAUCCAGUUUAGGAUCAAAAUUACCCUUUUUGGGUGUGGUUACCUAUAAAUAUGAACAAGGAAACGACGAGAGGCACAGUUUGGCGAGUACUGAUCAAUCAGCAGCGCUAAAACGGCAUUCAAUAUGAAGUUCUUCAUUGUUAUUUCCACCCUGCUUGUUGCCGCUAAUGCUGGAGUUAUAACCCCAGUGGCAGUACCAGCAGCAGUAGCAAGGGCAGUAGUUUCCCCAGCUAUCCUAACAACUAUCCCAGUUGGUGUCCAAUCUAGUCAAUACCAUUCCCAGGAUGCUGCUGGUCAAUACUCUUAUGGAUACGCCAAUGAACUAUCGGCCAAAAACGAAAUUAAAUCCGCUGACGGACAGACUAUCGGAUCCUAUUCUUACAUGGAUGCCGAAGGAAAAAUUCAAAAUGUCCAGUAUAGGUCUGAUGCUGCCCACGGUUUCCGUGUUUCGGCCACUAAUUUGCCAGUUGGACCAGCCCCAAUUGAGGCUGCCCCUAUGCCUCUUCCCGAGCCCGUAAAAGACACUCCUGAAGUUAUUGAAGCCCGCUCAAGACAUUUAGAAGCUUUAAAAAUUGCUGAAGAGCAAGCCAAGAAAUUGUCGGAUUCCGUAGCGGUAGAAGUAAAAUCAACCAUCGAACAUCGACCAGCCCUUAUCACAGCCGCCACUCCAGCCGUGGAAGUUCGUGCCACCCCACUAAUCGCCGCCCCCGCUUUCUCGUACUCCUUUGGUAUUGACCACGCCAAGUUCUUGGCAGUUAACACAUACAGCUUGACUCACCAACCAUUAGUUGCCGCCUAUGCUGCCCCCGGGCAUAUUAUUGCCGCCCCCAUUCUCGCCCAGCCAAUUUUGAAUGAACCGUCCAAGGACCUUCCCGAGGUGGUCGAAGCCAGAUCGUUGAAAAUUGCCGAUCCAGAAAUGGCCGAGAAGGAGAAGAUGGCUCAGAUGGAAAAAAUGGCUGAGAAGGAAAAAAUGGCUGAACCCGAGAAAAAGGAAUGAAUUGCGUUGUACUGAAGACUGUUUUUAGUGUAAUUAGUUAGAUAUGAUGUGUUUAAUUUUCUAAAUACAUUAAUGCAUUAUGUUGUA